CUGUAAAUGAACAAGUAAACAUUAAAUAUAAAUAAACGAGUAAGAAAUGCAUUACAAAACUCGACUGUAUUUCUUAUCAUUUUUCUACAUCUGGAAUUCCCACAAUUUUGUACAAGCUGCAAUCAAUUCCAAAUACACACUGGCUUGCGAUGAAUACUUAGCUUGUGACUACACUCGAUUCGAGAGCCAAUUGGAGGCGAUACAAUUGCAAUUGGAUAAACAAAGUGAAAUUCUACAAAGGUUCGUGCAAAACUUCGAUAAGAUUUCACGGAGAAUUCAGAGCUCAGAAACUAAUAUACGGGGACAAAUCAAGGAAAAUUUAGGUGAAACAAAUAAUUUGAUAAGCAAACAAAACCAAAUCAUCAAUACUGGAGAUAAAUGGCGUAUGGUCAGUGACAUCAAGGAAAUAGUGAAAACCCACGAUGUUCUAUUCAAUAGCUUUAGUGAUAAGCUAAAGAAUGUGGAAAAUAUAUUGAAAAAGGCCAGUUGGGAAACCAGUACACGCCAGCUGGGUGAUAGUAUAUCCAAUAAAUUAACUUUAUUACAAAAUAUUGACAAGAAAUUAACAAAUGUUGAUACUAUAACAAUGGAUCAAAAUCGAAAUCUACACAAAUAUCUAAAUGAAACUGAAGCAACCAAGAUUUGUCUAGAGACCGGUGAUCAGACAUUAGUUUGUACUACCAAAACAUAUCCUACCAGUUGUGCAGAUUCUAAUACUUAUCAUUGUGCGAAUAACAAAUGUCGCAUAUACAAUCAGCUUUAUAAGCCUAAACCAUUUUGGGUCGCCUGUGAUAACCAUACCCAAGGUGGUGGUUGGACUGUAAUCCAAAGACGCAUUAAUGGCACCGUCGAUUUUUUUAGAGGUUGGUCUGAUUACAAACAAGGUUUCGGCAGUAUUGAUGGAGAAUUUUUCAUCGGCUUAGAUAAAUUGCAUGCUUUGACGUCUACACUGCAACCCAUGGAGCUAUUGAUUCAACUACAAGACUUUAACGAAACUUCUAAAUAUGCCAAAUAUGAUGGCUUUGCGGUUGGCAAUGAAUCGGAAAAUUAUAAACUAAUUAAAGUGGGCAAAUAUUCUGGCAAUGCUGCAGAUGCAUUCAGCCAACAUCAGGGUUGGCCAUUUACUACCAAAGAUCGUGACAAUGACAAUUCCGAGAAUAAUUGUGCCAAGCUGUAUGAGGCAGCAUGGUGGUAUGAAAAAUGUUUUUGGAGCAAUUUAAAUGGAAAAUAUUACGAUAAAGCUAAAUCGGCUAACACUAAUAUGGGUAUUUGUUGGAAUGGUCCUAACGGUUGCAAGUAUUCUUUGAAAUUUGUGCAAAUGAUGAUUAGGCCCAAAAAAAUAUAAAUAUACUAAAUGAUGCCUUUAUGAUGUUUUCAGACUUACUGACCUCUUUAUUAUGUAGUUAGAUCUUUUUAUCUGAAAAAUAUAUAAAAAUUUAAUUUUCGAAUUGCACACUGUCAAGUACAUUUAAAACAAGUUGGAGUUCUAUAUUGGACUAUGCCGAAUCUUAAAUACCAUGUUAUCUAAUUCAGCAAUUUAUAAUUGAAAUAACUACAUAUUCCUCCAAUUGCCAACAGAGUCUAAAAUUUUUGUAAUAGGAAUAAAAUAAGCUAAUUAACAAUUUAUAUACUUUAUAAUUGGUUAAAAUGUUCCUUAUGGUAAACAAAUAUAUUUAGUCAAACUUCAAAAGUAUAUCGAUAUAGCGUUGAUGUAUUUUUGGGAUGAGACUUAUAUGAGGAGCCACAGAAAAAAAGUUACUUUUUUGCUCAUUAAAAUUUUUUAGAAAA